CGACCGCUCGGCCAUCUUGAGCUCGGCUUCUACUGGGACGCGGUAUACAAUGGCGUUGCGGUCACCUGCACACAUAUGGAGCUCGAGGCAGUGGCAGGGUGCGAGGGCGAGCUGUUCGCGAGAGGGAAUGUCGAGCGGGCAUGGCUCCGCAUGAAGCAGCGCUUUCCGCUCCUUGGAGCGUCCGUUGAGGAGCUGCCAGGCACUGAGAAGGUCGAGUUUGUGCUACGAGAGAGUGCGCUUCAUAUCCUACGUCCUGGAGAGCUGAACUACCUCGACGACUUGCAUAAUGCCGAUGAGGUUGCGCAGUUCAGGGAGAAGCUGCACAACGGACCAACGGUGCUCGACAACGAGUUCCUCGCAAGGGUCUGGUUUGGCUCGCGGAAGGAUGUGCCAUGUCAUUGGCAUAUAUUCAUUCCUGUCGUACACCAUAUCACAGACGCAAUGGGAAAUGCUACAAUCGUGCGGGAACUGUGCCAGGAGCUGUCUAGCCUGUCCAAAGAGGCGAAGAUCGAUAUCACACCUCUGGCAGCUCGGCUUCAGACUGUGUUACCAACGGAAGCCUACACUCCUAGCGCGAAGCUCAGUCCAGCUCGCAGGCGAUGGCGUCUUGUGAUAGCCAAAGUUAUCCAGGAACUUAAUGCAAACAAAAUGACCGGUGGUCACACCCUCCCCACUCGUCGCGAAAUUACAAGCACCACGCCUCUCUCGCGUAUCAUCAACAUCCGCUUCACAAUCUCCGAAUCCCAGCAGAUCGCGCAGACCUGUCGCGCGUUGGGCAUCACCGUCGGCAACGCGCUCCCGGUACUGAGCCAGCUCGCUUUCGCGCGCGUGCUACACCGCCUGCGCCGGCAGGGCAAGAUCAGCGACGCAGAGUGGGAGUACCGCGCGCAGCAGCCGAUGCAUUACACAGGACCGGUGAACUACCGUCCGUACCUCGACCGCGGCUGGUACGACGCCGGCGGCGCAGACGAGGUCUACAUCGCGAUCAGCUUCUACACGCUCACGCUCCCGUUCAUGCCACGCCCCGCAUCGCCCGAUAUGGAUGCCACUGGCGCGCCACCACUCAAAGCGUUGUUGUCACCUGCGCGGUUCCUUGCACGCGCACGCAUGGCGCGGGCGCAGUCCAAAAGCCUGCUGAGCCACCCGCUCCUGCACGAGUUCCACGCGCUCCGGCUGCCAACGCGCAACGAACGGACGCGGACGGCUGCGCUGGCGUGGCGCGCACGGCAGGAGGGGCGCGACGUCGCGCCGCCAGCAGUCGCUGCGGAGGCGGGCAGGUUCACAGAUCUUGCUCCAUGCGUGUUCUCAAACGGGGGUGCCAGCAUGGGAAACCGCGACCACAUCCUACCCGAAACCUACCCGCGCCGCCUAAGGGGCCACGGCCGCGGCGCGCCAGAGCCCGCCGUGCGCCUGCGUCUCUUGAGCUCAGGGGCACGACCUACGCUGCCGCGCGGGCGAGCUCUACGUGGGCGCGCUCACGGCGCGCGGCCAGCUCUCAAUCUUCUCAUGUGUCGACGCGAACACGUACGACCUCGAGCUCGUGCGCGAGUGGACGGAGGAGGUGAAGGGUGCGGCGCUUGUGUUCCUUGGCGGACAGCUGGCAAAGGAGGAUGUGCAUGGGAAGGGGCCGGCGCGGACGCAGGCGCAGGCGCGGUUGUAGGCUCGUGUAUGUUCGUAUAUGUGGUAGUGUACAUUUGUUGGAUGUGCUACAAUGGAUGUAUUGUAAGUAGGCACGUUAAAUAGUUUAAGCUCGAGCAUGCUACGUAGGAUGCAGUGCGGACAAGCAGGGCGCUAGCCGGCGGGCUGGUAAUGACGAUUGAGAGCUAUUUUGCAGUUUUGCUGAAGACGCGCCCGCGCAUCUCUGUGUCUCAAACUGACGAGACGUGGCGUCUACGAGGGAGUGAGCCAUCCUCAUGAGGUGUCCACUCAAGCCAGCCACGGUACAAUCCGUACCAGUAAUAGAAACCCCAGAACAUGGGCCCGAUGCCGCAUAUAGCAAAAAUCGCCGCCGAAAAUAUGGCUAUCGUCCGAGGGGCAGCCGCAAACAGGAAGAAUACGACAGCGAAAAACCCUGAGUACACGCCAGUUACCAGGAAGACGCUGCACCAUAUCAGCAUCAUGCCUAAGCUGCCUGCAACCCACUCCUCGAAGUGGUGCGGCUUGUGUCUCCACUCCUGCCGGAGCCAGAUGUACGUGACUGCGCAGUACAAGGCGGCAAAUGCCGUCGAGAGCAAAGCGGUGACGGCAAAACCGAUGGCGACACUGCGCACUAGCAGGUCGGGCGCGGAGAAGAUAAGGCUUAGCAGUUGAGCUUCAACUCCGGCCAUGAAUGUUCCCGCGAGAAUCAGAGUCGAUAACGCGCGCUGGGCGUACUCGAAGUAGGCCUUCGGUAUAUAACCGUGCUCAGGAAAGAGCGACUCCUCUUUGCCAGUACACUCGCCAAUGACGGAUAGAUCGGCGGACUCCUCGCUGAUCGAGUUAGGAAGACCUGUGGAUUGGAUCCAGAGCGAACC